UAGAAAGGAGCCUGGGGAGCCCUGCUGGCCAUCACUAUUCUUGGUGCCAGCUACAGAUGAAAACCAAGGGGCUCUUCCCUAAAAUACUUCAGCCUUCAUGACACACCGUUAGGUAUCUCUCCCUCUCUGAAUCUGUACAAUUCCUGACUCAGAUGGUGAAGGAUACCAAACUGUCCAAAUGUAUGUGGUCCAUGAGUUUCAGAUAACACAUAGCAAGAGUUCAGAUAGUGAGAGAUGCCUGUCUGUGUAAAAGUCCUCAGUGUGGCUCCCCUAACUGCAGAGAAUUACACGCUUCCUCCAGUCUAGAAGAUUAAAAGAACUAGAAGAGCCGAAAUCUAUUAGGAUGCUGUGAUGUGAGGGGAUUUAGCAGGAAAAAGCCACUAGGGAGAACCUGUGGGUCCCACCCCGUGUUUUUAUCCAUCUGCACUGGAGACAAACUCUGGGUCUAGCACAGCAGUGUUGUCAGCAUAUCUGUCUUGUUCUUCUCUGUAUUCCCAGUUGGCAGACAUUACAGACCACCUCUGUAUUCCCAGAUGCCGAGACUCUUGGAACCCAAGUACUUGAGAGUGCAGCUUACAUAUCAGUGUCUUUCAGGUUGCAGAAAAGAUGGAAAAAAGGACAUGUGCACUCUGCCCCAAAGAUGUCGAGUAUAAUGUGCUGUAUUUUGCACAAUCAGAGAAUAUAGCUGCUCAUGAGAAUUGUUUGCUGUAUUCUUCAGGACUUGUGGAAUGUGAGGAUCAUGAUCCACUUAAUCUUGAUAGAAGUUUUGAUGUGGAAUCAGUAAAGAAAGAAAUCCAGAGAGGAAGGAAGUUGAAAUGUAAAUUUUGUCAUAAAAGAGGAGCCACCGUGGGAUGUGAUUUAAAAAACUGUAACAAGAAUUACCACUUUUUCUGUGCCAAGAAGGACGACGCAGUUCCACAGUCUGAUGGAGUUCGAGGAAUUUAUAAACUGCUUUGCCAACAACAUGCUCAAUUCCCGAACAGCGCUCAAAGUGCUAAGUUUUCAGGAGUGAAAAGAAAAAGAGGAAGGAAGAAACACCUCUCAGGCAAUCAUAUACAGUCACCCGAAACAAUGAAAUGUAAUACAUUCGUAAGACAAGUGAAAGAAGAGCAUGGUAGACACACAGAUGCAACUGUGAAAGUUCCUUUUCUUAAGAAAUGCAAGGAAGCAGGACUUCUUAAUUACUUACUUGAAGAAAUAUUAGACAAAGUUCAUUCAAUUCCAGAAAAACUCAUGGAUGAGACUACUUCAGAAUCAGACUAUGAAGAAAUCGGGAGUGCACUUUUUGACUGCAGAUUGUUUGAAGACACAUUUGUAAAUUUUCAAGCAGCAAUAGAGAAAAAAAUUCAUGCAUCUCAACAAAGGCGGCAGCAGUUGAAGGAAGAGAUUGAGCUACUUCAGGACUUAAAACAAACCUUGUGCUCUUUUCAAGAAAAUAGAGAUCUUAUGUCAAGUUCUACAUCAGUAUCGUCCCUGUCUUAUUAGGGAUUACCAUUUCCUAAGCCAGGAGUCAGGCCAAAUUGCAAUCGGGCUCAAAACCAGAGACCAGGCUGUGAAAUCCACACAUCUUUAGAACUAGUCAUUUCCUCUUGGUCCCGGCAGCUCUUCCAUGUUCUUGCUAGUUGAUAUUUUGAUCAUUCUUUGCACACUCUUACUUGUGUUUUUUGUUCACUGUCACAUUCCCAGCACCUAAUAUGCUCAGUAAAUGUUUGUAGAAUAAGUGCAUAAAAUGUUACUAACCUUUGAUUCUAGUUACAGCCCAUGAUGCUUCUUAGAUAUAAUAAAUUUGGAUUAUACUACUUUA